GUUGUUUUUCCAUGUCGUAAUGCAUGGUUUACUUAUGUAAAGGAUAAUAUUCGGCCUAGAGAAUCGAUUAUUUUUGCUGUUAGUCAAUUGGAAAUUAUUAGGAAUGAGUUUUAUGUGUAUGCUAGGGAUAUUAAUUGUAUUGAUACACAGUUUAUUAGUAAGAAGAAUGUGUUUGAUCGUGGUAUUCUUUAUGGUUCUUCGUCGUCUAAGAAUACGGUUCGUUUUAAGUUGUUAGUUACUCACCAGAAUUUUGCUGAAUGUUUGAAAGAUAAGUCUGAGAAUAGAGGUCUGUCUUUAGAAGCUUCAGAUGCUGAUAUGAGUAAAUUUAAUUCGGAUUUUUCGAAUGAUAGUCAUUCGUCAAAGCGUGUGCAAGUUGAAGAUGUUGAUGGUUGUGUUGAAGAAUUUCGUGAGAAGGAGAGUGAAAUGUGUCAGAAUUUUGCUGAAAAUUUAAAGGAGGGAGCUAAGAAUGAAGUUGUAGUGGCAAAUGAUUCUGUAGGUUAUUUUGUGUCGAGUUUAUCGGAUACUUCUUAUUUGCCAAAUCAUAGUCAUGUUGAGGAUAUUGGAGAAUUUGCUGGAGUAGAUUGUGCGAAGGAUACUAAUAAUUUU